ACAAACAUAGAAAGCUUGCUUUCUGGAAAAUUAUGGAAUGGGUAGACAUGGUUUUGUUAAACAAUUGGUCGGUGACCUCUCUUUCCUCGACUCCUCACCCUUUGCAAAGCUUUUGGAAUCUUGUAUCCGAUCAAAAUCUGGACUUGACACGCGUCGCAUUCAUGCUCGAGUCAUUAAGACCCAGUUUUCCUCAGAAAUCUUCGUCCAGAAUAGGCUCAUUGAUGCCUAUGGGAAAUGCGGUUGUUUAGAUGAUGCGCUCAAGCUGUUUGAUCAUAUGCCCCAAAGGAACACUUUUAGUUGGAACGCCAUUUUGAGUGCAUUGACAAAGUCUGGUAAUCUUGAUGAGGCUGCAAGGAUCUUUAAGUCAAUGCCGGAGUCUGACCAGUGCUCGUGGAAUGCCAUGGUAUCAGGCUUUGCCCAGCAUGAUCGCUUUGAUGAAGCUCUGAAACUUUUUGUUGGCAUGCACGGUGAGAAUUUUGUACUGAACGAGUAUUCCUUCGGCAGCGCUCUUAGUGCCUGUGCAGGGUUAGCGGAUUUGCAUAUGGGUGUACAAAUCCAUGCUCUGAUUUCAAAAUCUCAUUUCUCGUUUGAUGUUUACAUGGGUUCUGCUCUUGUUGACAUGUAUGGUAAAUGUGGGAUGGUGGUCUGUGCUCAGAAAGCUUUCGAUGGCAUGGUGGAACGGAAUAUAGUUUCUUGGAACAGUUUGAUCACAUGCUACGAGCAAAAUGGUCCUGCAAGUCAGUCCAUUCAGGUUUUUGCAAGGAUGAUGAACAAUGGGAUUGAACCAGAUGAAAUUACUCUGGCCAGUGUAGUCAGUGCUUGCGCCAGCCUGUCGGCGAUUAAGGAAGGUUUGCAAAUUCAUGCUCGUGCGAUGAAAUGUGAUAAAUUUAGGGAGGACCUUGUGUUGGGUAAUGCAUUGGUUGAUAUGUAUGCCAAAUGCAGUAGAGUAAAUGAAGCCAGAUUGGUAUUUGAUAGGAUGCCACACAGGAACGUAGUGUCUGAAACAUCAAUGGUCAGUGGAUAUGCAAAGGCAGCAAGUGUGAAAGCGGCCAGAUUGAUGUUUUCAAAUAUGACAGAGAGGAAUGUGGUCUCCUGGAAUGCACUCAUUGCAGGUUACACACAAAAUGGAGAGAAUGAAGAGGCUGUAAAAUUAUUCCUCCUCUUAAAAAGGGAAUCCAUUUGGCCAACCCAUUACACCUUUGGAAAUCUACUUAAUGCAUGUGCUAAUCUUUCUGACCUGAAGCUGGGUAAACAGGCUCAUGCUCACAUUAUAAAGCAUGGGCUUCGAUUCGUGUCUAUAGGAGAGCCAGAUAUUUUUGUGGGAAAUUCUCUCAUUGACAUGUACCUAAAAUGUGGAUUGAUUGAAGAUGGGUAUGCAGUUUUUGAGCGCAUGGUAGAAAGGGAUAAUGUGUCAUGGAAUGCCAUGAUUGUGGGAUACGCACAAAAUGGUCAUGGCAUAGAGGCUCUUGAAAUUUUCAACAAAAUGUUGGUUUCUGGAGAAAAACCAGAUCAUGUAACGAUGAUAGGAGUUCUAUGUGCUUGUAGCCAUGCUGGUCUGGUUGAAGAAGGGCGGCAUUAUUUUCAUACAAUGAGAACCAAGCAUGGUUUAGAACCGUUGAAGGAUCAUUAUACAUGCAUGGUCGACUUACUAGGUCGGGCUGGUUGCCUUGAUGAAGCCAAAAAUUUGAUAGAGGCAAUGCCAUUGCAGCCUGAUUCUGUUGUAUGGGGAUCUCUACUUGCUGCUUGUAAGGUUCAUGGCAACAUUACAUUAGGGAAGUAUGUAGCAGAAAAGCUCUUAGAGAUUGAUCCUCUGAACUCAGGACCUUAUGUUCUGCUUUCCAAUAUGUAUGCUGAGCUUGGUAGAUGGAAAGAUGUUGUGAGAGUAAGGAAACUGAUGAGACAACGAGGAGUAAUCAAGCAGCCUGGUUGCAGUUGGAUUGAAAUUCAGAGUCAUGUGCAUGUUUUCAUGGCAAAAGAUAAGAGACAUCCUCAGAAAAAGGACAUAUAUUCAGUGUUAAAAAUUCUCUUGGAACAGAUGAAGCGAGCUGGCUAUGUGCCAGCUAUUGAUAAUGACGAUUCCAUUGAGGAGGAAGGUGACUUUGAACUAAUCUUGCACUGUGAAACGGAAAUGCCUUUAGAUGCUGCAAUGGGAUGAAAUAUCUAACUAAUUUGAUUAUGGCUUAAGGGAAUCAAUUCUCAAUCAGCCUUUCUGUUCAUGUGAGUUGGAAGAAGACCAGCCAUUAAUAAUCUCAACUUUUCAAGGUACACAAAUCAGUAGCUGUUGAACUCUGAGCAGACUCUUCUAGUUACUGCAGGUUUCAUUUUUUUUUG